UGCUUUGAAAGCACCGUAGCCGAAGAGUUUCUUUCCUUUCCCUCGUUAUCGUUCACGCGCCAACACUUUCCCUUGGUUUCUCGUCAAAUUUUCUCGCCAAACAAACCUGUUAUCAUUACCUUUCAUUUUCAUAUACACUCUCUCACUCUUUUCAAAUUACCAUAGCAACCAGAACCUGAAAGCUUUGCUCCAUCACCGGUAAAUUUAAAAAGUUAAAGCCCUAUUCUUCGUCAUUCAGAUCUCCCUUUUUGCUUACUCCGACAGGUUUAGAUCUGCUGGUUCGGUUCCAUGAGUCGCUACGAUUCUAACCCUUUCGAAGAGGAAGAGGUCAAUCCCUUCGCGGACCAAGGAGGUAGAGGGAAGGGAUUGGGGCAAUCAAAUUAUGGCGGAGGUGCUUUUUACAUGACAAAUCCUGGAAGUGUUCCCCCAGCAACCUCAAGGCUUUCACCCCUACCUCCUGAACCUUAUGAUCGUGGUGCAACAAUCGAUAUUCCUCUUGACAAUGCAAAGGAUAUAAAAGCAAAGGAGAAAGAACUUCAAGCAAAAGAAGCCGAAUUAAGAAAGAGAGAACAGGAACUGAAAAGGAAGGAAGAUGCUAUUCAACGAGCUGGUAUUGUUAUAGAGGAGAAAAAUUGGCCACCGUUUUUCCCUAUUUUCCAUCAUGACAUUGCAAAUGAAAUACCGAUUCAUCUCCAAAGGAUCCAAUAUGUUGCAUUUACAACAUUUUUGGGUUUGAUUGUGUGUCUUUUGUGGAAUAUUGUUGCUGUUACUACGGCCUGGAUCAAAGGAGAAGGUCCAACAAUAUGGUUUCUGGCUAUCAUAUACUUCAUUUCGGGGGUUCCUGGAGCAUAUGUUUUGUGGUAUCGCCCCCUUUAUCGUGCAAUGAGGACUGACAGUGCUUUGAAGUUUAGUUGGUUUUUCUUGUUUUAUCUGCUCCAUAUUGGCUUUUGCAUCUUUGCUGCAGUUGCUCCUCCAAUUAUUUUUAAGGGGAAAUCUCUCACAGGUAUUCUGCCUGCAAUAGAUGUGUUAGGUGAUCAUGCUUUGGUCGGGAUUUUCUACUUCAUUGGAUUUGGACUGUUCUGUCUUGAAUCACUGCUCAACAUUUGGGUUAUUCAGCAAGUAUACAUGUACUUCCGAGGCAGUGGUAAGGCUGCAGAGAUGAAACGUGAGGCUGCUAGAUCAACUAUGAUGGCAGCACUAUGAUAUGGUGGCCUUCAUUUUGGGGAAGGUACUUAGGAACACCGGGCGAUUUUCCAACAUCCAAUUUCUUCGUUUGCCCAUUCCUUCAUCGGUUCGAUUCACAGCUUGUUUUGUAGUUAUUCUUGAUGUUUUUUAAUAUGUUGUUAAUUAGAGAGGCAUGUUCAAGGACCAGAUGAUUGAGAUGGGAUACUUGUUACAAACUUAGUUGUGCAGUCAGAGAUAGUUGCAUCUUUGAGUCCCAUCUUAAGUAUUGUUUUCUUUCACAUUUGAUUUUUAUUAAAAAAAAAAGCGAUUGUUUCUCUCUC